UAUAUAAGUAUUUAAGAAAAAAAAAAAAAAAAAAAAGAAAAAAUGAUCACUGUCGUGGAUUUAGUAAGUAAAAAAAAAAACAAAAAAAAAGAAGUUGGCGGGAAAUUCGAAAUAUGAAAAUGUGCUAAUGAUCAUCGAAAUCGCGUUUACGUGUUUUAGGAAAAAGAUUAAAUAUUUAAUCCUUUUCUGAGAAUAAAAUGAAAUAUUGUAAAAAUGUCUCGAAAGUAUCAACAAAAACGUUGGAGCGAGCCUUUAUUGAGCAGACAUCAUUUUUCAUAUUUACCAGCGACCUCGGAGGAAGACGACAUAGAUUUUAUUCAACACCGUGUAACUUCUGGGGAGGAUUAUUCAAUGGACUGUUGUUUGUGUCAGGAUCAUUAUAAUAAGAAAAAAAAAUCGACCAAGUAUUUGAUCAACGACGAUAUCAAGAGAUCGAGUAAACUACGUUCACAAAGAACAAGAGAAAACAUGGAAUUAAGGUUGAUUGGAAGUCAGGUUGAGGAAGCCUUAGGCGAUGACAGGCAAGCAGUUUUGAUACAACAGUUGGAUCUUGUCAGCAAUGCACUUGAGGCGUUGAUCCAUUUCGUACAAUCCUUACAAGUAACCAAUCUAGCUGUUCAAAGGACCAUAGACAUUGGACAUUUGUUAAUUAAUAAUCGUUCAUCAUUGACCGAUAAUUCAACGAGUUUAAAAUUUUUAACAGGACAUAUACAACAGGUAGAAAAUUUAACAGCGAAUGAUUUAUAUAUUAAUAUUUAUUAUUAUAACGAUUGGAUUUAUCAGAUAGAGAAUAAAAAGAAAUUUCGUUCGUCAUUCUUACAAGAUUUAAAGGAACACUGUUUGAAGAGUAUGACCAUGUCGAAACAAUUACGUAUUUUAUUGGAGGAACAUAAAUCAAGAAAAGAAGAUUUUUCGAUUGCUGCGAAAAAUUUUCAAAAUUUUCUUAAUAAAUCUAAAUUGUCAACGUCGCAAUUAGAAAAAUUACGUCGACAGUACGAUAUUAUCUUGGAGGAUUAUCAAGAGAGUAAACAAAUUUUGGACGUAAGAUUACCGAAAGUCGUGAACGCAAGAUUGGUAACAUUGCACGAAGGUUUUGGAAGGAUAAUUGAAUUUUUUAAAGAUUUCGAUUAUUACAAAGAAAUUUCGGAAAUAUUUAAACAAUUAAGAGAGAAUUUGUACAUCGAGGAUUUCGUAAAAGAACACAGCAUUGCCGUUGAAAUACCGGGAAACGUGGAAACGUGUCAAUUGUGUCAAACGACAAAUCGAGUCGAUAAGAAAUAAUAAUAAGAAUAAUAAUAACUAUCGCGAAUAAAAGUGUUUUCAUCAUUGAAAAAUGUAUGUUGGUAGAUUAGAUAUACAACGAAUUAUAGACGAUUUGUGGGAAAUCUUAUAAGUUUAAUCCUCUUAGAAGACCGUGUCAAGGUUUGUCCGUGCCACUGAUCAUCUUGUAAACUUAAAGGAUCUCGUGAUCCAUCGGUGCAGAAAAAAAAAAAGAAAAAAGAAAAAAAAGAGAAAAAAGAGAAAAAUAAUGACAAGGUAUAAUCGGCUUUCGAACGAGAAAAUAAAAUCGAUUUGUAUUACAACGAGAUUAGUAGUAAUAUUUGUCAAAAGCUAGUAAAAAUAAAAUAAUGAAUAAAAGUUCUAUUUUACGUAAGAAAAAAAGAAAAAAAAAAAGAGAGAGAGAAAAUAAAAAUAUACAGUAAACAAACAAAUCGUUUAAGUCACUUGACAAACAUGCAUCGUCGUAUUCUUUUCAAUCAAAUGGCGGCCAGCCAGUGAUGAUGGCAACAUGGCGGCGUGCGCGCGCAUAACAAGAUGGAGCGACCAAUAGAAAUGCAGAUAUAAAUAGCGAAUCGUUUUCCACGCGUUUGGAAUGAUUCGAAUCAUCGAUGAACUUGGAGAAAUGAUUGGAAUAGUUCGUAAAAAAGGAAAAGAAAAAAGAAAGCAAAAAGGUAGACAUAAAACAAAAAGAAUGAAAGACAAUAAAACAAAUAUAGGAAAAAAUUAGUUGAACGGUUUGACAAAUGAAAGAUAUAAAUAUCGUUUUUGAAAUAGAUUAAAAUAUUAGGGGAGGAAGGGUUUGGAAAAUAAUCAAUUAUUUUUGAUUUAAAAAACAAAAAAGCUUUAUUACUUCAUAAAAGUUUUUAAGUAUCAAUUCAAAAUAUAAUUUCAUUCUUCACUCAGGAUAGUUUCCCCUUUAAUGAACCAUUUUUCAAGUUCAUUUUUUAAAAACAUGUACGGAUUUCGAUUGGAAAAAAAAACCUGUUGAGGUAGCUUUACAUUACUUAGGUUAAAUUUUGAAAUUUUUUUUUGCUACGAAUGUUACGCUCCAGAGCCUUAAAAGAGUUAAUGAUCGGUAAUUGCUAAAUCAAGACAAUAAUAUGACUAAGAACUUUCCAGUUUAACUCGAAAAUUCGAUCGAUUAAAACUGAUCGUAAUUCAUUAAGUUUAUCUUUCGAUCUAUCCAAUUAUUGGCAAUAAACAUUAGCCGUGAUAGUUUCACACAGUUUGAAUGGCUCAUAAUGAAUUAAUGAAUAAACGAUUCAUUUCUCGUUACAACACAAUUUGAGAAACGGUUCAUAUCUAUACUUUAUCAACAAAUAAUUGCGAAUUGUUUACCUCUGCUCGUUGUUGCUCGGCAGACAAUUAAUACACCGUUCAAAUAUCCGUUCUGUUUGUUUUGCCAAUGAGUUUUAAACGUUCUCGCACCGUUGACCAAGAAAAAUCGAGCUUUUUCUUGGAUAAUUCUAUCAAUCGUUAACCUUCUAAUCACUUUCUCGACUUUAAAAUGUCAUCAUCAAGAUACGAUACACUUCCGGAUCUUCUAUGCAUUCUGCGAAAUCCUGUCGGCAGAUAUAAAUUUAUGUAAUCACCGUUCGACAUUUGUUUAUCGUUAAGGUUCAAUGAUCAUUGAUUUGAUGGAAUGCUUUGGUAUUCAUACCUUGAUCGAAAAAAAGUAGCAUACCAAUGACCCUGACACGUGACUUCAUGGAAAACAGGGCUUCAACAUUUCGGUGUUUAACUUGACUUUAAUAUUAACUAGACUUUAACAUUACAGUUAUGUCAUGAAAAAAAAAGAAAAUAAAUUAAAAGAGAACAAAUUCCAAAAGGAUAUUCUUCCACAAAAAGCUACCAGGAUAGAAAAGUUUUUUCAAAAUUCAAAUAUAAAAAAUAUAGGAUUUCUUUCCGGUCGUACGUAGGAAGGAAGGAAUGAACGAAUGAAAAAGAAGAAAGUUAAUGGUGCAUAGAUACAUCGACAGAGGGCAGGUCCGUUGCUUCGCGGGCGAAUCGUACGCGCGUUAUAAAGACAGAGAGAGAAAGAGAGAGAGAGAGAGAGAGAGAGAAAGUAGAGUAGAGUAGAGUAGAGUAAUGGAAGGGCGGAGAAGUGGGGAGAGAGCACUGUGAAGCGAGCGAGUGAGCGAAUGAGCGUGGAUAGAGUGAGCGAGGGAGGGAGGGAUAGAGAGAGAUAGAAUAUAACCUAUAUCCGUAGUGUGUCUCGGCCGGUGCGUCGUCGUCGUCGUCGUCGUCGUCGUCGUCGUUAUUAUUAUUGCCGUCGUUAUCGUCGUCGUCGUUGUCGUCGUCGUCGUCGUCGUCGUCGUCGUCGUCGUCGUCAUCGUCGGCGUCGUUAUAUUCUCCGUGCCACCUCCCUCGACGGGUGGCGGCCGGUUUAGAGAUCGCUGCUGUCCUUAACGUCGGAUUUUAAUCUCGUUAAAGACAGUGGGUUUAAUGUGUGGACACACGUGUUCUAUUACAGUGAUAUAUGGCCGGGCGGGGGGAACAUUUCUUCCCUCUCUCUCUUUCUCUCUCGUUUUCUUCGACGAUUAGAGUAAGACGAUAAUAAUGUAAAAGAGAGUAAGAGAGAGAGAGAGAGAGAGAGAGAAAGAGAGAGAGAGAGAGAGAGCGACGGCCUAACUCGGGCGCACGUUCGCGACACUUCGUACGUUCGUUCGUCUGUCUGUCUGUCUGUCUGUCUGUCUGUUUGUCUGUCAGUUUGUACAUACUUAUGUACGUUCGUUACGCUACGUAGUCGUCGUAGUGUCGUCGUCGUCGUCGUCGUAGUCGUCGUAGUAGUCGCCGUUGUUGUUGGGCUUCUCGGCAAUCUGGUUUGGUUUAACAGGAUUCCACGUAGAUAAAGAGAGAAAGAGAGAGCAAGAGAGAGAGAGAGAGAAAGAGAGAGAGAGAGAGAGAGAGAGAAGUUGGUAGUAGGAGGGUCGAUAAAAGUCCGUGUACCGAACGGGCGCGCCGCGAAUCGUUCGAGUUCGCUCACCGCGCUCGAACCUCUCUCUACGUGUGUGGCCGACGUUUUCUACUCUUCCUUAUUCAACCCUCGGUAUAUUGUGUCGCCUUUUGCUUCAAGCGACACAAAAAGAGAAAGAGAGAGAAAGAUACAAGAGAGAGAGAGAGAGAGAGA